AUGUCAGAGGAGGAUGAUAAGAGAGCUAAGCAGCUGGAAGAGGCCAGAAAGAGGGUAGAAGAACUGAAGAAGAGGAAUAAGAAGGAUAAGAAGAAGAAGAAGCAGACUAAGGAAACAGAAAAGGCAAGUGAAUCAAAAACUGGUUCUCUUGAGAUAGCAGAAGAAUCAUCUAAAGAACCGGAGGUCACUGAGGAGGAGAAUGUGGUAGAAGCUUCAACAGAAGAGGUUCCCCAGAGCCAGGACGACACUGCAGCACAGUCUGCAGGCGAAAAGUUGGAAUCAAAUAGUCAAAAACCGAAGGGUGAGAGCCCCUCCAAUGAUACUAGUCAGCUGUUUUCUGACGAAGAUGAGAAAGAAUCCGAUUUCAUGACUACUAUCCAGAAACAGAAUGAGGAAGAAGAGAUUAGGAGACUUCAAGCGGAGCUGGAUGCGAAAGCAUCAGAAUGCAAAACACUCAAGUUUGUUAACAUGGAGCAAGAGACUACGAUAGAAGAACUGGAAGCCGAAGUGAAGCGGUUGCUGGAGCAAGUCGCAGCCAGUCAGCAGGAAUUGAGCGACACGGCAGAAAAACUAAGGGAAACCGAAACACGAUUGGCUGCUGCCGAGCAGCUUGCAUCCAAUGCUGAGCCGUCACGUCUGCAUCUAUCUCAGUUUAGUACGGUCGGUCCCGUGGGUUCCACUGAAGAGAGUACACAGCAUCAUGUCUCGUCUCACGUAAUGAACAUUGACCGGGAAGCAUUAGACAGAUGGCGCAAUUGGAACGUCGACAUGUCUUCUUGGAGAAGCAUAGGAGCAGGUCCCAUCGUCGAAUUCUGA